AAAGAAUAAAAUAAUUUUUGAACUUUAAAAUAAAAAUUUUUUUAAAUUUCGAUAAAAUAAUUUUUAGUUGAAAAGAAAAAUAAAAUCAAUGGCAACUAUAGGAUCAUCUUACCAUCACGAUAUAGUUAUUCCAGUGGAAAAAAAUAUUCAUGAAAAUCCUGGAGAGCGUUCAGAAUCCAGCGAAAAAUUCAAAGAAGAAAUGAGGAAAAUGGAAGAAGAGAUGGAAAGAGUCAAGAAAGACUUAUUAGCUAAUACUAGUUCUGCCAGUGGUUCUUCUCCUGAUAAUAAAACCUUGCAACAAUCCCAUUCCACCAAAUUACACUCUUACCAAAAAACAACUAAGACCGAAUCCAAAAAGGUUACCAAAGAAGGUGGUGGUGGUACCCCUUACACUAUACAAACCACCUCUACCAGCCAUCAACCAUCUCAUACCAUCAAUAUAGAAUCUUCCAAUAUAUCCGAUGAUAUUCCACGUUCUAGCAAGACGAUAGUAAAAGAAAUUUACCCAGAGCGAUCAGGAAAUGAAGAGAUAUACAGAGCUAAUAUAAGCCCCGGAGCCACUAUAACGAUAAAGGCGACUUCUAGGGAAGGCACACCCAUCAGGAAAGUGGUAAUCGUUCAAGAGAAUGACAAAAUCAACGAUAGUGGUGUUAGCACCAGCUUCCAACCAACUUAUCAUUCUUCCCCCAACCCCAAAGAGCACACCAUCAGAGUAGAUAGGCAUAUAGACCAACACGAGGUUCCUCUUGGUAAGCGAGAAGAGUCUAAAAGCGAAAAGAAGGAAUUCACCACUUCCACUAACGUGACCGGAAACGAGAAUUCCACUCGACAAGAAACCAUAAAGAGGGAAGAAAAAAGAAUUUCCUCUUCAUUCAGUUCUACGUCUAAUCUCUCCAACCCAUCUUCCGAGUCUUCUAAUAUUACGCAAGAUAAGAAAAAUUUAGAUUCUUCCUCUUUCGAUAUGGAUAAGCUAAAAAUUGAUGAUAAAGACGCCAAGGUAAUCGAAACGGAUCACUCCACCGGUAUAAGGCAUCUCAAAUUGCGUUAUGAGAUUAGUUCCAGAGAUUAUGAACCUCAGGAUAUAAACGUUAGGGUCACUAAAGAUAAAGUUUUUAUUAAAGCCGAACACAAAGAGACAACAGCUGGCAAGUCUGUUUGGAGAGAAUGCAGCAAGGAAUUUUCGCUUCCUGAUGGAGCGAAUAUUGAUUCCAUUAGAUCUUCCUUCAAUCCCGAUUUGGGAAUCCUGACGAUUGACGUACCCUUAUUCAAAUAGAAAAUAUUAUAAUUAAUUAUAUACUAAAUUAUUAAUAAAAAUAAAUAUUUCAAACUUCUACUUAUUUCUUAAUUCACUUUUAAUGAAUGCUUCUUUUUUUUUGUUUAAUCAGUUUUUAUUUUCAUUCGCUCUAUUUUAAUUUUUUAUCGUCUUGUUUUCAAAUUUCUACCACAAAUUUAUUCGAUAAUAAUUUAUUAUUUUUUAUAAUUAAGUUGCUGCAAUAUUAUACAUCUUUUUGUUUACUGAUCAAUAAGUCUGAUUACACCAAAUAUUUAACCAAAAGUGUAUUAUUCUAUAAAUGUAUUAAUUGGUAUUUCAAAUUCGAUCUAAAAUCUCAAAUUAUAUAAAUUAUUUAAUUUAAAAUAUUAAGUUAAUUUAACGUGAUAUUAUAUUUUUUUAUAUUUAUUAUCUCUAUAUCUACUCAUACCAAUUUUACAAUUUUACACAAUAAUAUAAUAAUAGUAUAAUAUCGCUUAAUUUCAAUGCAAUAAAUCUUACACUAUCGGAA